GCGACCAUCGGGAUUUGUGUUCCGUUUCAUUUGGUGAAAUUUAGUUUUUUUUAAUCGGGGUCUGCAAAGAAAGUUGGAAAAACAGCAAGUAGAAAAUGGCAAGUCCUUUUCAUGUGCAACGCAGAUUUUAUUUUCGCACCAGCGGGGGAAUUCACUAAUUUUUAGUUUUCAAUGCUUUCCGGUGCAGGAUGAGCUCAGGACUCCAGAGCCGAGCGGACUCUUCGGAGAUCCCGAUCGCCCGGGAGAUCGCGCGGAUGUUGAUCGGCAGUGCCGACCUGGGCGCGGUUGUCCUCAGUAAGUUCGGCUGCAACGCUGCGCUCAACCCCGCGGACCAAGUUUGGUCUUCCCCGAGCUCCUCCAGGCCGGCCCUCGUUCCCGAAAAGAGGUUUUCGGCGAGGCUGGGGAGGGGGUCGAUGCUCUCCGUCUGGAAGGACGACCUGACCGCUCACCGGGUGGAGGCGGUGGUCAACGCCGCCAACGAGGACUUGGAUCACUGUGGCGGCCUCGCCCUUGCUCUCUCUAACGCUGGCGGCCCAGAAAUACAACAUGCGAGCAAUUAUAUAAUCCAGCAAAAUGGGAAAGUAAGGACGGGAGACGCUGUAAUCACACAGGCAGGACAGCUGCCCUGUAAGGCAAUCAUCCAUGCAGUAGGUCCACGCUGCAGUCCUUACCCCAGUCAAACAGAACUUGACAGAGCUGCACCUCUUUUAAAAAAAGCUAUUUGUAGCAUUUUAGAUAUAGUAAAGAGAGAAAAACUGAAGUCUGUGGCCAUCCCUGCCCUGAGCUCUGGCAUAUUUAACUUCCCUCUACCACUGUGUGCAGAAGUCCUUGUGAAAACUCUGAAAGAGUAUCUUGAGGACGAGAUACACCUAGGGGAUGUAGAUGUCCGCCUGGUCAAUAAUGACGAGCCCUCGGUUCGUGCCAUGGAGGGGGCCUGCAGACAAUUCCUGAGGCCAGACAGGUCCUACAGUCAGGCUGUCAGGAGCCCCGCGAAUCCACAGGCCACGGGCUCACUGCAGCUCGGGAGGGUCACUCUGCACAUCAAAAAAGGGAGCAUCGAAAACGAAAAGGCAGGGGUGAUCGUGAAUACAACAUCUGCUUCUCUUGAUUUAAAUAUUGGCGAGAUCUCAAAAGCUAUUCUGGAAAAGGCUGGGAAACAACUUCAACAAGAAGUCAAAAGGCAAAAAUAUUCUGCUUCACCUGGCGAUGUCAUUAGAACCCGUGGAUUUAGGCUUGACUGUGAUUAUGUCUAUCAUGCUGUGUGUGCUGACAAAUAUGAAAACAGAGCCUCAGAGAUUCUUGGACAAGUUGUCAGAAGGUGCUUAGAAAUGGCAACAAAAAAUUACAUGAAAUCCAUCUCAUUUCCUGCUAUUGGUACGGGUAACCUGAUGUUUCCCAAGGAUGAAGUGGCCAGGAUCAUGGUUAAUGAGGCUACAUCUUUUGCACAGAUUCACAAUGGAAAUCCAAUUGAUGUUUAUUUUGUCUUGUUUCCUGCUGAUAAAGCCACUUAUAAGGCAUUUGAUAGAGAAAUGAAAGCAGUCAAAGAAUCAUCUAAACAUUCCAGAUCAUCUCACAGUUCUUUGAAUGACACCUAUGAGGAGAGGCAAGGUGCAACAGCUGCAGGUGAUCGAGGGCCUUCUGUCACUGUCUUUGGUGGAUCUCCUGAAGGAAAGUUGGAGGCAUUGGCAUGGCUGAGCAAGACACUGAUUCCUCGUCCUGAAUGCGUCGUCAGGAACAACCAUAUUUACUACUUUGGCCAGAAGGAACACGAAGACCUCUUGUGUUUUCAGGCAAUUCAUGAGGUGACCAUUCAAGAGACAUUGAGGGAUGGAAAAGCUUCUCUGUGCAUCACGGGGCAGCCUCUGAACGUGCUAGCCGCUAGGCUGGCAGUGGAGAGGCUGUGCUGCAAUGUGCAAGAAGAGUAUGCAGUAUCUGAGGAGAGCGAGAUGCUGCAGGCCCUGGUCCGCUGGCGGUGUGAUGCCAUUCCAGAGCUGGCAGCGCCUGAGCACAACGCUCACAUGGAAAGAGCCUACUUGACAGCCAACAAUGAGAACUUGCCCUACACAGUAAACGGCCAUGAAAUUGAGGUGUCAUUCAAGAUGAUGCAAGUACGAGAUCAUGCUGGAAACAGAUGUGUACUGGAAAGGAAGUGCCAGAUAAAUGUUGACUAUGCACAAGGCUUGAAAGGCUCAAAUACAUUGUUUUAUAAGAAGAAGCCUGAAGAUAUUUCCAGAUCCAAUAAAGCAGUGAAGCUGUUUGAAUCGGCUGGUCUUCAGAUAAUCAAACUUGAAAAAAUUGACAAUCCAAUUCUGGAACAGCAUUUCCAAUUGAAAAUGAAUCAUCUCUCAGACAAAACUCAGACCCUGUACCAGCGGGUUCCUGCACAGUUCUGCGAUCUGGUUUGUAGGGUUGGGUUUCAGAGGCUGUACUCGGAGCCUGAUGACCGGAAGUUUGGAGAUGGCAUCUAUUUCAGCAGCAGGCUUGAGACACUGGCAGACUGGAGGACCUGUUCUGAGCCAGAGCAAUUCAUCUACAUCUUCCAGGCCCAGGUUCUGACUGGGAGACAGACCAGUGGCUCUCCAGGGCUGAUCGUGCCUCCUGCCCGCAGUUCCGACCCCCUGUCUCUCUUCGACAGCGUGACAGGAGGAACCAGCACGCAUGUUGUGUUCAACAGCCAUCAGGCUUACCCUGAAUAUUUAGUCACAUGCAGAAAGAUAAGGGCGACUAGAAUUUGAUCCUGUUGCAGACAGAGAUGCAGCAUGAGGACAGACCUCAAAACAUUUGAGAUCAACCCCUUUUUUCGUACAGUUUAAACCCUUUCAAACAAAAAUAUAAAACAAAUCAGUUGCUGUUAAUACAUAAGGCUGGUCAUCGUCGGUUAAAACCUUUCAGUUAAAACUUAAUUUCUUUACUAAAAUUUUUAUUUUAUGCUUUUAUUAUAAGAAUCACUCUAAAUUCUGAAGCCCAUAGGUGUAUUGACUGGUUAAAGAUAAUUACUUUUUGGAGUUUUUUUAUUUUAUUACAAUAUUCUGCUUCUCUACCUUCUCCAUGUAAUGUAGGUUCGCUUUAUUCUAGAACAUGUUUCACACUGUUUGCCACUUUAAUAAUACACCUAAAGGAAUUAGUUGUUUUUUUUGUUAUUCUGCAUGGUUGACAGAAAUGGGAAAUUCACCUUGAUAUUCCCUGUUUAUUACUUCAAUAUGCCUUUGGGCAAUGCGAUUCAUCGUUAGCUGUAAAUGUAAACGGUAUAUAUGGUAUGUGGAAAAAGCUGCAAUUAAUCAGUAAAACAAUUUAUUAAUACCAA